AUGUCAAUGAGUCAAGCACAUCAACUUUUAGUUGUAUCAAAUAAAGCAAAUAAAGUAAGACGUCUUUCUCGUGAGGAAAUUAUAAAUAAAAUGGAAAAUGAACAGGAUGCAAUUGUCAUCAAAUUGUUAAGAGAAAUCGAUCAAUUGAAAAGAGAAAAUAAUUAUUUAAGAAGUACUAUAAACUAUUUAAAUAAAAGACAUAGUAGUAGCAAUAGCAAUAUUAAUAACAGCAAAAAUAAUAACAAUAAUGACACCUCCAAUCAUAGGAAUGAAACUCACUUACCUGUAUUUGAAAGUGAUGAUGAAAGUGCUAUUAUAAUCGAUAAUGUCAAUCUAAACCUAUAUACACCUUCUCAUUCAAGACACUCAAGUAUAAAUAAAGGAUCUAUCACAUCCAAUAUAGAAGGGCAUAAUUAUUUGUCCUCUCAUGCUGAUGUCUCUGGUGAUUAUGUUACAACCACAACCAUAAAUAAUAUUAAUGGUGAUAUCAUGGGUAAUAGAAGAAGAAGACGUACUUCCAGUAGUGUAUACCAUAACAUUCGUUGA